AUGAUACUCGUACAAAUCUCGUUUAAGACCAUCUUUAUCCAGUCGCAAAGGUGUCAGAAUAAAAGAGAGGCCCUUCUCCAGCACAUCCUGUUCAUCCUGAUUCAACACAAAAAUUUCCGACAGGUUCAAGAUGUUAGAAGGCGUGGGGGUGACUCUCUGAACACCGUGACGUUUGCCAUUUCAGAGGAGGGUGACAGCUUGUCGGUGGUAGAGGAUGCAAAUGUCUGGAUCUUCCUGAAGGUGUCAAAGGGAAACCGAGUGAAAGGUAAAGUGAUGCUGCAGCUCCUGCAGCUUCAUCAAGAAGAUCAGAAUGAAGAGGAGGAGGAGGAGUGUGUCUCAGAGAAGAUGGUGGACACUCGCCGCAGCGGCUGGCACACCCUCGCUGUCUCUCAGAGCAUUCAGACUCUGCUGGAUGCUGGCCGCAGCUCGCUCAGGCUGCGGGUUUCCUGUCUGAUGUGUGCAGAGGCUGGAGCCUCACCCAUUCUGGUGCCAGCCAAGGCAGAACGAGCUGGAGGCCGAGAUCAGUCUCACCGACCAUUCCUCAUGGUGGUGCUACGAGCUCGAGAGGAGGUGACUCAACGAAGAGUCAAACGAGGUCUGGAGUGUGACGGGAAAAUACACAUCUGCUGCAAACGACAGUUUUACGUGAACUUCAGAGACAUUGGCUGGAAUGACUGGAUUAUUGCUCCAUCCGGUUACCAUGCCAACUACUGCGAGGGCGACUGUCCAAACCAUAUGGCGAGCAUCAGCGGCUCAUCACUGUCCUUCCAUUCAGCAGUCAUCAAUCAUUAUCGUAUGAGGGGUUACAGUCCAUUUCAAAACAUCAAGUCGUGCUGUGUACCGACGAGGCUACGUGCAAUGUCGAUGCUCUACUACAACGAAGAGCAGAAGAUCAUCAAGAAAGACAUCCAGAACAUGAUCGUGGAAGAGUGUGGCUGCUCAUAA